AUGAAUUCAUCAAUAUCAUGUUUAUAUAAUUCAAGUUCUUGUUAUUUUAUUGAUAUUAAUAAUCACUGUUUAUCGGAUAAUAUGGUACUUGAUAUAGUUUUAAAAUAUGUUAUGCCAACAUAUUAUGAAUGGAUAUGUAUUAUACUUUAUGCUAUUGUAUUUAUUGUUGGUACAAUUGGUAAUUUACUUGUAAUUAUUGUUAUACAACGAAAUCGAAGCAUGAGAACAGUGACUAAUAUGUUUAUUAUGAAUUUAGCUGCAGCUGAUCUAUUAGUACUUCUAUUUUGUUUACCAGCUACAGUUGUUCAAGAUGUAACUAAAACAUGGUUUUUUGGUUUAUUUCUUUGCAAAUUUGUUAAUUAUGUACAAGUAUGUUCUUUUUGUUUUUUUUCAUUUAUUAUAUGA